AGAAAGAGAGAGAGAGAGAGAGAGAGAGAGGAAGAGUGGUCCACUCUGAGUCUAUGGCUGACCGACUCUCUCUUGAGAGAAGCCGUGUAAGAUAAGAAAUGAAAGAGAAAGAUAGAGUGAGAAAAUAUUCCUUCUUUUAGCUGGCUGUUGUUCAUGGUUAUAUGGUUUUUUCUGCUAAGGUUCAAACAAAGGCGAAGAAGAUCUGUGCAAGUAUUAGUAGCAGUGAAGACUGAAGAGGCAGGCGAGAGCAGCCAGUUGGUUUUGUAGUGCAUAUAUAUUUGCCACGGCACCUUCUGAGUUUGUUCUUUUAGCUACAUCAUCAGCUCAGCUGCUGCUCCUCUUAACUCUUCGUGCUAUAUAGCUUGCUCUCUCUCUUUUCUACUUCAAGAUGAUGUCUGAUGAAGGGCUUGCUUCUUCACUAAGAGGGUUCAUUCAAGAUCCUAAUCCAAAUCUUCCAAACCCUAAUCCUAACAAUUCCAACCCUAACCCUAAUUCAAACGCUGCUAAAAGGAAGAGAAAUCUUCCGGGAACUCCAGCAGAUCCAGAUGCAGAAGUGGUAGCACUCUCACCAAAGUCUUUGAUGGCUACAAAUCGGUUCUUAUGCGAAAUAUGUAACAAGGGUUUUCAGAGAGACCAGAAUUUGCAGCUGCACAGGAGAGGUCACAAUCUUCCUUGGAAGCUGAAGCAAAGAACCAACAAAGAAGUCAAGAAGAAAGUGUAUAUCUGUCCGGAGAAGACUUGUGUUCACCAUGACCCGUCCAGAGCUCUGGGAGACCUCACCGGCAUCAAGAAACAUUUCAGCAGAAAACAUGGCGAGAAGAAAUGGAAGUGCGAAAAAUGUUCCAAGAAAUAUGCGGUCCAAUCGGAUUGGAAAGCUCAUGGUAAGAUUUGCGGGACUAGAGAGUAUAAAUGCGACUGCGGAACACUCUUCUCCAGAAAAGACAGCUUUAUCACCCAUCGAGCUUUCUGUGAUGCAUUGGCUGAAGAAAGUGCAAGGUUUGCUCCAAUUCCAUCCGCGAAUCUUAAUUUCAGAAAUGAAUUGUUUAAUGGGGGUCUAAGCAGUCUUCAACCAGCCGGAAAUCCACAAUUUUCUAGUAGUAUUGCUGGACUAGACCCUGCCACGGGCCAGCUUAAUCUGAAUGGUCAGAAACCUAGGCUGCCAUUGUGGUUGGAUAAUGCAAAUACUCAGCUCAAUAAUCCUAUUGGAAAUCAUCCAGGUAAUUCUAAUGCUUUCUUGGCGUCAAGCUCAACAAGCCUGCCUGAACUGGUCCAAAUGACUCCGACGAAUAUGCUGGGGUUGUCUUCACAGAAUCAAUGGUUCAAUAGCGGUGGGAAUGCUUCGUCAUCCGGUCUGCCCCGAGUACUAAAGGAGGAAGAGGAGAACAGAGGAAAUUUGUCAGACCACAUUAGUUCACUGUACUACAACAAUGGCCAAAAUAGUAGCCAGCAUGAAACAGCACCGGCUCACAUGUCAGCAACUGCACUGUUGCAAAAAGCAGCUCAAAUGGGAUCAACAAGAAGCAAUUCAGCUAUCUUUGGAACAGGCUUUGGCCUCAUGAGCUCAUCUUUGUCUAGUCUUUCGAAUUUCAAUUCUUUGAACCAAAGCAGAAAUGAGCUGCAGAAUUUCGGCCAAGCGGAAAACUUGAAUGGGCUAAUGACUUCGACAUCCCAAUCGACUAUAACUACAAAUCAAGGAGAUGGAUUGCUGCUAGGAAACAUGAGAUCAAGCAAUAAUUUAGUUGGCAAUUUGAGACAUCCAUCGGCCCCUCCAACAAUAAUGCCUGGCAGUACUGAUAGAGGGGGCAGCCAAAGUAAAUCAAGUGGAAAUGAAGCUGAAGGCGGAUUAACUAGAGAUUUUCUUGGAGUAGGAGGGAAUGAAAGCAGGCCCUUUUUGCAACAAAAUGAAUUAGUCAAGUUUGCUUCAUCAAUGAGUUCAGCCAUGGAUUUUGGAAACCAAUGAGGUUCAAAAAUUUCCUUCGAUGCUGAACGGGAAAAGGACCAUUCCAUAAUUCGAAAAGGAAAGAAAGAGAGAGAAGAGGGGAUCUUGUGAAUUGUCAGAGAAGGAGAGGAGGAUUAGGAGGGGAGGGAGGGGGCCACUGACUAUGGGAAGGGACUUGACAAAAUAGAGACUUGGCAAUCAAAAGGCAGGCCAUGGGUUAGAUGACUGCAUCCACAGAGACAAUUUCUCUACUUCUACUUCUACCCUACGAAGGGGGAGCUUUAUAUUGGACCACUUUUGGUGAGUCCGUGAAAAAGUCCUUUUUGGGUCACUCCUACAAACAGCCUAAACUAGGGCAAUGUAUUGGAGUUUGAAUUUGUAUUUCUUGGUUGGAUCAUGGAUUGUGGUGAUGGACCAUUGGCUGAGAGAAGAAAAUGUGUGUAUUUUACUGAAAGUUCUUGUGAUAAUGAGGGUUUGCCAACAAUAUGGUAACCGUCCCACUUUCUUAAACUCUUUUUUGUAGUUUGCUUUCGUUUUUCUUGCACUCUCUCAAGUUUAGUUUUUGACUUUUUGGU